UUAAUGGCUAAAUCAGUGUUUCCACUUCUUCAGGUUAGCAAAUAAGGGAAAUUGCCACCAGCAGAUUUCCUUUCCCAGUUGUCGUAUACAUGUGUUACCAAACAAGGUUCCCGACUUCCAGCCACCGUUUUCUUCUUCCACCAUUUUCUCAUGCUCCCAAUUUCCCAGAGAUUCUCCAGGAAAUUAGUUUUCGCAGAUAGCAAACAGGGACUGUGUCUCUCCAUUUUUUCUCUCUCUUUGCAGGGUAUUUCCAUUUGAGAAUCUGGACAGCUGGAUUUCUAACCAAAGCAACAACAACACCUGACAAUGGAGGAUCGACAGAGAGCCAUUCUCAUCAAGUCAGCUUCUCUUUUUCCACCACCUCUUGGGGUGAAGUUUUCGUAUGGAACUGCUGGUUUCAGAGCAGAGAGCUCCAUUCUCUCUUCAACUGUUUUUAGGUCAGGGAUUUUGGCCGCCAUGAGAUCUCUGAAGACUGGUUCACUGAUCGGUUUGAUGAUCACAGCUUCUCAUAAUCAUGUUUCUGAUAAUGGUGUGAAGAUUGCAGACUUUCAUGGUGGUAUGAUGACUCAGGAUUGGGAACCCUUUGCUAAUGACUUAGCAAAUGCCUCAAAUUCUAAGGAUUUGAUAGAGUUAAUAGCUGACUUUGCAAAGAAGGAGAAUAUCCCUUUUGGAGGGUCACAGUCUGGAGAGGUUCUCUUAGGAAGAGACACAAGGCCUAGUGGUGAGGCUCUCAUGGAAGCUGCAAAACAAGGGGUCAGAUCUGUGAUUGACGUGGUUGCGACUGACAUGGGCAUUUUAACAACCCCACAACUUCAUUGGAUGGUCCAAAAUAGAAAUAGAGGCUUAAGGGUUACUGAAUUCGAUUACUUCUCACAAAUUUCCAAUUCUUUCAGAAACUUAAUGGAACUGAUACCCAGAGGAACAAGCCCUGAGCCUUUUGAUGCAAAACUGCUUGUGGAUGGAGCAAAUGGUGUCGGUGGAGAGAAGCUUGAAGGAUUGAAGAAAUUGCUGAAGGAUUUAGAUAUUCAUGUUAGAAAUACAGGCAAGGAAGGAGAAGGAAAUCUUAAUGAACGAGUUGGUGCUGACUAUGUGCAGAAAGAGAGGGUAGUGCCCUUGGGUUUUGGCCCAAAUGAUGUUGGGUUAAGGUGUGCGAGUUUGGAUGGGGAUGCAGAUAGGCUUGUUUAUUUCCUUUUCCCAUCAGAAGGAUCCAAAAGCAUAGAUCUUAUUGAUGGAGAUAAAAUAUUGUCACUUUUAGCUUUAUUUAUCAAUGAGCAGUUAAGGAUUCUGGAUAACAAGGAGAAAAUGGGUACCUCUGAAUAUGAUUAUCCAGUUAAACUAGGCAUUGUACAAACUGCAUAUGCUAAUGGGGCAUCAACAGAUUAUCUAAAAGAACUCGGCAUGGAAGUUGUUUUUACUCCUACCGGAGUGAAAUACCUUCAUGAGAAGGCUGCAGAAUAUGAUAUAGGAAUCUAUUUUGAGGCAAAUGGUCAUGGAACUAUUCUGUUUUCGGAGAAGUUCCUUAAAUGGUUGGAGGCUAAGAUUCAGGACUUAGCUGCAGGUUCAGAGAUGCAAAAAGCCGCUCAGAGGUUGUUGGCUGCAAGUAAUUUGAUCAAUCAAGCUACCGGUGAUUCUUUGAGUGGCUUGAUUUUGGUGGAGGUUGUUCUCCGCUAUAUGGGAUGGUCAAUUCAAAGGUGGAAAAGCCUUUAUCAAGAUCUUCCCAGUAGGCAAGUGAAGGUAAAAGUUGUAGAUAGAACUGCCGUAGUUACCACAAAUGCAGAAACCAGCGUUUUAAGGCCUCUGGGUCUUCAGGAGGCAAUCAACUUAGAAGUUGCCAAGUAUUCUCGAGGCCGAGCAUUUGUUCGGCCCUCUGGCACAGAAGAUGUUGUACGCGUGUAUGCAGAGGCAUCCACCCAACAAGAAGUAGAUGCCCUCGCCCAAACUGUUGCUGAACAUGUAGGUCGGUUUCUUGGUUAGUGCUAACACAUUGUUAUUUUUCUAUUAUUUUUCAUUGGAUUGUUUGUUUUCCUAAAUCUUUGGGAUUAUUCUUUUACAUAUGCUAUUUGACUUUGAUGAAAGUGUGCAAAAAAUAUUUGAUGCUUUUGUCUAACACACAAUCUGAUCUCAAAUAAGAAGGAAAAAUUUCCUGGACUUGCAACAAA